UGAAAAACAGUUUUCACUUCAUAUUUCACAGAUCCAGGAUCUCACUUUAUAUGCUACCAUGGUAAAAAAAAACAACAACAACAACAACAACACAAAAAACCUGAUUAGUUUUAAAUGAGCUCGUCUCCUAGGUGAUGAGGAGAAUCACCUAUGACAGCAGCAGAAUAAUUGUUAUUAUUAGAAUAAAAACAGGCCAUAUGUGUCUGUAAAAACUCUCCAAAAACAGCUGGAGAGAUCCUGAGAUUUUUCUCUGGAAGAUGAAAUAGGCAAACAGAAAAAAAUGCGGAGGAAAGCCACAGCCAGAAAAGCCUCACCUAGAGGCGCAAAGCGAAAUGCUAACAACAGCAUUAAAGCAAAAGAAAAUAAAGCGUUAAAGGUAAUAAAACAAAUAGCGAGACCUACCAAAACUCCGACUGGGAAAGGCCUUGGAAAAGCUGGAGCCAAGCGAUUGGGCCGCCUUCUGAAACGAGCCAUCCAGGACCCGCAGUCCCCGGUGAAAGGAGAACUCUCUCUGCCGAAGACUCCUGUUCGUCUUUUCAAGCAUCAGAUUCAAACUGUGGCUAAAAAUGAACCCAAGACACACACGUCAAAGCAGUCCUCGCCUUACGUCCCCCAGCUCAUCCUUGGUGUGGUUUCCCAAUGCAAACACCGAGGUGGCAUCUCCAUGGCAGAGCUCAAGCAGGUGCUGGCUGCGGCAGGCUACGAUGUCACCAAGAACAACAGGCGGGUGAACGUGGUGACUCAAAGGCUGGUUAACGAUGAGACACUUGUUCGAACUACAAGGCACGUAUCAUUCAGACGCACCAAUAAGACAGACAAAAAGCAAGGAAGAACGAGAAAUGUGAAACCCCCAAACUCAAAAGCUGAUCUGAGGCAGAGAAAAACAGCCAGCAAAUCCUCCAAAGAAGCAGAAAAGUCGCAGAGGCAGGCCAGAAAGACUCCCAAACCAAAAGGAAAGACUCGCAGAGAAGCAGCCAAAUUAACAGACAAGACUCGUAAACCAGCAGCCAAAUCACACAAACUAGCAGGCAAAACUCAGAGAGAAGCAGCCAAAUCACACAAACUAACUGGCAAGAUUCGCAAAGCAACAGCCAAAUCCCACAAACCAAGAAGGAAGACACUGCAAGCAAGAAGAAAAUCUCCAAAGCCAGCGGGGAAGAAACGCAGAUCUGAAACUAACCAAACAGCCCGGGUUCAAAAGGCACAAAGGGCCUGGGGACGUCGACAAAAGCAAAACAGACAUCCACAUAAGACUUCAUGGAGAAGACCGCCACCAAGACGGAGGCCAAGAUUAAACACACAGCGUCGGGUAGCCAGGAGAAGAGCUUACUACUAUUAG